AUGUAUACAACUCCAUCAGACUAUCAUUCAAUAAGAGGAAAAAGAAAAGCUGGUGACGACUUUGAUUUUAAACAAAGUGCAAGAUUUCAUCCCUAUACAAUAACUUUCAAGAAACCACAACAAAAUGAACAUCUUAUCUCAGAAUGGAAAAAUAAAAAUGAUUAUAUACUAAAUAUUACAGGUACUUGUGUUCCAGACAAAAUUAUCAAACAACUUCUAUUUUCGUACAAUAUUUUUACUAACAAAGGUACUAAUCCACAUGGUGGUGUUGUAUUAGCAAUUGAUAAAAGAUUAAACGCUAUUCAAUUAAAAAUUGAAGAAUUGAAUAUUGUUGCGGUUCAACUUAUAAUUAAAAAUCAAACAUAUGCAAUAGUUUCAAUCUAUUCACCACCAAAUGAAUCUUUACCGUUAAAAAUCAUGUCAUCAUUAAGGAAGAAUUUUAAAAAUAUAGUAAUUGUUGGUGAUCUCAACGCGAAACACACGAGCUGGGGUUGUACCACGAUUAAUCAUAAAGGAAGGAUUCUAGCAGAAUGGCUUGAUAAUAUUGAUAUAUAUGAAAUACAAAAUCAAGGUAUGAAAACAUCCCUACGAUCAGAUACAACUAUAGACUUAGUCCUAACAACAUCGACUUUGUCUUUAUCUCAAUGUCAAACACUUCCAUAUACUGGUAGUGAUCACUUACCAAUAUUUUUUUUGAAUUUAAUGGAAUCACAUUACAAGACAGCUAUUAUGCAAUCUCAAAGACAUAUUGGAAUAUAUAUAGAGUUUUUCUAA